AUGACUGAUACUGAAAAGCAUGUUCAUAGACCUGAUGAAGAAGAUGACGAGGAGCAGGUAGUUGCCAAGCCUAGAAGAGUUGUUCCAAUGAUGGAGGGAUUCUUCUCUAGUGACGAUGAAUCCGCUGCUACAGAUGAGAAUGAACCUGAUGAAGACUAUGAUCUUAAUGAAGAUGAUAAACUGACUAAGGACAUGACCAGUAAAGGUAACGAUGAGCCAGAGGAGAAAGUAAUGAGUACUGUGAGACUUACAGAGAAGCCUCGUGGUAGAAAGAAAGGUGCAGCAGCUAAGUCGAAGAUUGGAACUGCCAGUUACGAUAAGAUGAAAGAUAGGGAUUUGAUGGCUGAUGCAGAUAAUGAUAUUCCUGCUGACUUUGUCCCUGAUUCGGUCUCAGCAAUGUUUAGGACACAUGAUUUUAGCUACUUGAAGUUAAAGCCAGAUCACGCCUCAAGACCAAUUUGGAUCUCCCCAAGCGAUGGUAGAAUAAUAUUGGAGAGUUUCUCACCCUUGGCGGAACAAGCACAAGACUUUUUGGUCACAAUUGCAGAGCCUAUCAGUAGACCUUCUCAUAUUCAUGAGUAUAAAAUUACUGCAUACUCUCUUUAUGCUGCAGUUUCUGUAGGUUUGGAAACUGAUGACAUCAUAUCAGUUUUGGAUAGACUUUCGAAAGUUCCAGUUGCCCAAUCUAUUAUAAAUUUCAUAAAAGGAGCCACCAUCUCAUAUGGUAAAGUGAAGCUGGUCAUCAAACAUAACAGAUAUUUUGUGGAGACAACACAAGCUGACAUUCUAAAAAUGCUGUUAAGAGAUCCCAUAAUUGGCCCACUUCGUAUAGAUGGUGAACAUCAAGCACAAGUAGAUGGUAAUAAAGGUACAGGUACAUCGUCAGUGGAUAAAAGUAGUAUAAAUCCUAAUGAUGUAGAAGCCAUGUUUUCUGCUGUUGUUGGAGAAGGUGCAAACGGGGAGGAAGAUGAAGAGAAUGAAGAUGAUAUAGACGCCGUGCAUUCAUUUGAAAUUGCAAAUAGCUCGGUUGAAAUUGUUAAAAGAAGAUGUCAAGAAAUUGAUUACCCCGUCUUAGAAGAAUAUGAUUUCAGAAAUGAUAAUAGAAACCCAGAUCUAGAAAUUGAUUUGAAACCAUCAACACAAAUUAGACCGUAUCAGGAAAAAUCGUUAAGUAAAAUGUUUGGUAACGGUCGUGCAAGAAGUGGAAUUAUUGUGCUACCGUGUGGUGCAGGUAAAACACUUGUGGGUAUCACUGCUGCUUGUACUAUCAAGAAAUCUGUUAUUGUCCUUUGUACAUCAUCUGUUUCGGUUAUGCAAUGGAGACAACAAUUUUUGCAAUGGUGUACAUUACAACCUGAAAAUUGUGCAGUUUUCACUUCUGACAACAAGGAAAUGUUUCAAACAGAAUCUGGUCUAGUUGUUUCCACCUACUCUAUGGUUGCAAAUACAAGAAACAGAUCCCAUGACUCUCAAAAAGUUAUGGAUUUCUUAACAGGUAGAGAAUGGGGCUUUAUUAUCUUAGAUGAAGUUCAUGUCGUUCCCGCAGCUAUGUUCCGUAGAGUGGUUUCAACAAUCGCAGCACACGCAAAAUUAGGUUUGACUGCAACAUUGGUCAGAGAAGAUGAUAAGAUUAGUGAUUUGAACUUUUUGAUUGGACCUAAGUUAUAUGAGGCCAACUGGAUGGAACUAUCACAAAAGGGACAUAUCGCAAAUGUGCAAUGUGCUGAGGUAUGGUGUCCAAUGACAGCAGAAUUCUAUCAAGAGUAUUUACGUGAAACUGCAAGAAAAAGAAUGUUAUUGUAUAUCAUGAAUCCCACAAAAUUCCAGGCAUGUCAAUUUUUGAUUCAAUAUCAUGAGAGAAGAGGUGACAAAAUUAUUGUUUUUUCUGAUAAUGUUUAUGCGCUUCAAGAAUAUGCGUUAAAAUUAGGGAAACCGUUUAUUUUUGGUUCGACACCUCAACAAGAGCGUAUGAAUAUUCUUCAAAACUUUCAAUACAAUGAUCAGAUUAAUACAAUUUUCUUAUCUAAAGUUGGUGACACAUCAAUCGAUUUGCCAGAAGCAACAUGUUUGAUUCAAAUAUCAUCUCAUUAUGGUUCCCGUCGUCAAGAAGCUCAACGUCUAGGUAGAAUUUUGCGUGCUAAAAGACGUAAUGAUGAAGGUUUUAACGCAUUUUUCUAUUCAUUAGUUUCAAAAGAUACCCAAGAAAUGUACUAUUCAACCAAAAGGCAGGCCUUUUUAGUUGAUCAAGGUUAUGCAUUCAAAGUUAUUACUCACUUACAUGGAAUGGAAAACUUACCAAAUCUUGCAUAUGCAUCGGCUAGAGAACGUAGGGAACUACUACAGGAGGUUUUGUUGAAGAAUGAAGAAGCUGCUGGUAUUGAGAUUGGCGAUGAUGCCGACAAUUCCAUUGGUCGUGGUGGUAGCUUGUAUAAGAAAGCGAGAUCAAAGGCGAUGAGAGGAGAGGGGUCUCUGGCAGGCCUUGCAGGUGGUGAAGAUAUGGCAUAUAUGGAAUAUAGCACUAAGGCAAAAGAUCUUAAGGAACAUCAUCCAUUAAUUAGAAAAAUGUAUUAUAAGAAUUUAAAGCGAUAA